AGAUCUCUUGUGACUUGAGAGUCCGUCCAUCCAUAACAGCCUUCUCUCUCUAGGCCGUCGUCUUUCCUUUCGGGUGUCGGAAUUUUGGGCCGGCCUUUCAUCAUCCGCUUCUGGCUCAAGUGUUCGCCCACCAACGAACGGUGGCCAUCUUUUUCGGGCCAGCGAGCGCACAUAAAGGCUGCCUAACCGACCGUUCUCGUCGUUUCCCUUGUGUCGGUCCGUUUUGGAACAGAUUCCGGACGUUUUCCUUCUUCCUCUCGAUGGGGUCAGCUGUCUAGGAUUGGGCAGAACUUGAGUUGAUCUGCUGUUCCAGCUAGAUUCGGGGUUUGUGUGUGGUUCAUAUUUGUGUAGGCCAACUUGACGAGGAGGCCGCCCAAUCCCCAAAAGUGGUGUGACCUGUGGCACACCGUUAUACAGGGGGGUAGAAUUGCAAGUGAUCAGCACGCGAUAACAGAAACAGGCGGGAUCAGCGCGGUUUACUUCCCAAGGCUCCGAGCGCGUCCUUUUCUAGGAUUAUUGGGUGCCUUCAUCUUCUCGCAUUGUCCUUUGGUCCUUUGGUUGCCUCUCUGUUUGGUGUGGUCUGAAGGUCUCUUCUCCUUGGUCUGCGUGUCAGUUGCCUGAGGAUUGAGGAGGUCGAUGAUGACGUCGAGGCGAUGAGGGAACCCAAACAAGGAGUGAGAGUGGUGUGUGUCAACAACCCACAACAGUCUGGCCACGCCCUAAACAUGAGGUGCUACUAGCUAGGCGGUGACGUGUUAUGUCAUCAUCGUCGUCGGGCAGGCCCUUGGGCAUGUCUGAGGACGUGGAGGCGGGUCAUGCUCGAGACCUAAGGGUUGAGAGCGGAUCCUCGUCCUCGGACGAGUUCUAUGAUGCCAUGGAUCAAACCCCGGGUCGGAAGUCCAGAGGAUCCUCUCUGAAGCGAGGUCUAGGCUUGACAGGUCCCAUCAUUACCAUCACGUCCGGGUCCCCGUCUUCUUCCAAGGAAAUGACAUUCGAUGGUGCUGCCAAAAGGAAAUCGUCGUUUUCAUCGUCCGUUCCAAACUCCAAUACUUACCCUGGAUCGAAACCUGCUCUUCCAAAUUUCAGCAGCAGUUCCAACAACCCCAUGGUGCUACCCGAAGAGAUUGCCCGCGAGCUUGAAGAGAUAUCCAAGACUGACGCCGAGCGACGUCGACGGUUAGCUCGCCUCCAGAAACUUCAACAAGAAGACCGGGAUGACUAUUCCGAUUUUGGAGAUGACGAGGAUAUCCCAAGCAGUGCUGCAGCCAUGCGUGAUGAUGAAAGUCUCGUCGAAGGCUCCACCGAAUCGUCUGUCGAUGGGGUCUACGUCGAGCAAAAGUCUCAUCCGUUCAAAGUGAUUGAGCCCGACACUCGGUCUACUGCAUCAGAGACGAGGUCCGGUCGGAUUUAUGCGAGUGAUAUGGGUGCGAUAUCCCGAGAGGCCUCCAAUAGGGCAGAAGAGGAAUCUUUAGCAAUGCAUUUAGCCUCGACGUCGUGCCGGGAUGGAUUGAAGGAGGAUACCACGUUGGUGCAUUCCAAGUCCAGUGUAGUUGUACCUGAUAUAGUCUCGAGUAUCCAGGCGGACUUUUCAGCCUCUGCGGGUUCCUCGACGAAACCUUUAUCCUCCUCGUCCUCGACGGCCACGGUUUCCAAAGUGUCGGAUGAGUUUUCGGCCUCCGCACCUUCGCGACCUCCUCGGAAGAAAAGACAAAGCUUAUCACAAUUUUUAUCACCAACAUCGAUUGAACCACCUCCUUCUAAUCCCUCACCACCCAACCGCCAACACCUUCUCCUACGCCCCCAUUCCAUUCCUUCGGCGGAUCCGCCCUUCAUCCAUGAGAACAACGACUCACCUGCACUCUCACCCAUAAUACGUCCAUCGACGCUAAUCACCUCCACGCCCACCACAAGACUGCCCGGCGGUAACACUCCCACUGAAGAAAGAGGCAGCAAGCCAUUGUUGCAGGCAGCUCACCACGCCCCUCACGUGCUGCCCAGUCCAGCCAGCACGGUUGAAUCUCUGACCAGAGACUUUGAGAAUUCGCUUUUGCGUCAACAACUACUUCAACAGCAACAACAACAGCAGCAGCAACAACAUCAACAACAGCAACAUCAAAAUUCAUUGAGCCUUUUGGCCGCCAUGCGCGGUCAGUAUGUUGUUCGACCACAGGAUAACGAGGAAUCUCGAGCAGCGAGAUUUUCGCAUGAAGAUUUGGGUUCAAGAUUACCGACCACACCGGGUGCAAUCGACGAAUUGAGCCCGACCAGUGGGGCGAUUUCUAAGUUUUACCCACCCAAAAUAUCUCGUGAAGAAAGUUAUCACAGCCUUCACAGUCCUCCGCUUUCAUCGUCGUUCUCAGACCAACCUACGGUGGUGGCAUCCACCAUCAAUCCGCCUGAACGAGGCGCAUCCGGCCGAAAGGGCAGCAUGGGUAGCCGGCGAAGCUUCAAAAGCAUGAUUUCCGGUUCGGGGGGAUCGGCCGGUCGACGAUCAUCGUCUUCCGGUGGAAAUGGCGGCAUGCCCGUACCCGGUGUGGGGAUAAUGGGUCCUGGGUCAUCAUUGGGCAGUUCCAAAGGGGGCUCAGGGGGUAAACGCUCUUCUAUGGGUGUGGGUGCAUCAUCGUCCAUGGAGUCUGGACCCGGGAGUAUUUCGAACCAGAUGAAUAGUUUGUUGCUCAGAACCAAGUCUGAUUCUGGUCAGCGGUAUUCAGAAGACGACAUUAUGAAACAGAUCAAGGUGAAAAAUCUUGACACGGGAGAAGAAAUGGAUCUGAUGCAGGCAGAGGAUCAGUUGCCCACCUCAAUUAACCCCUUAUCACUUCACAUCAUGCGUCUGACUUCUGAAUACGUCAGUGGAGACAUGCACUCAAAAGACUCGGAUUCGGACUCCGAGAGUCUCAUGUCCUCGGUCAGUGGACACACGAUUGGGUCGAAGAAAAAGAAGAGUACGAUGAAGCGUUUAUUUGGCGAUGCUCUGAAAAAGACCUCGGAUGCUGCUCGAAGUCUAGCCUCCGAAGCCACGAGACGGAAAUCCCAGCAAAAAGACACCCUGGCCUCGACUUCGUCAGCCAAGGACAUGGAGAAGUUGGGUCGGCUCUCCACGGAUAUCAAUUCGCCUCGGGAUGGUGGUAAAAACCAAACGUUCAAGCGCAUCCAGGCCCACAAAAGCGGUCCCUUCGACUUCGAGAACAUUCAGUUCGCCCAGGAAUUAGCUACUCAGCACUUGGGUCCAAUCUGGUGCAUGAGAUUCUCUCAGUGCGGCCAACUCUUGGCAACAGCUGGAAAAGACACAGUCUUGAGGAUUUGGGUGCUUAAGAACUCUUACGACUACUUCAAGGACAUGCGAACCCGAUACAACACAGAUGGGCAAAAAAGCUCGCCCACCAACUCGUACGAUGUGAUCGCCGACCAAGAUGCUCUCUUUAAUACGGAAGAUAAGCGGUAUCACGUGUUCAAUGAGCGACCUUUUUGCUCAUAUCAAGGCCACACCUCGGACGUCCUGGACAUUUGUUGGUCUAAGAACUAUUUCAUCCUCACUUCCUCGAUGGACAAAACCGUUCGGCUAUGGCACAUCUCUCGUCGAGAAUGCUUGUGCUGCUUUCAACACAUUGAUUUCGUCACGGCUUUAGCCUUUCACCCCCGGAAUGAUCAAUUUUUCUUGAGCGGAUCCUUGGACGGGAAACUCCGUUUGUGGAAUAUCCCCGACAAGAAGGUCACCUUAUGGAACGAAGUGGAUGGAAACACGAAAAUCAUCACGGCUGCUAACUUCAUACAGAAUGGGAAAUUCGCAGUGGCUGGGACCUAUGAUGGGCGAUGCAUUUUCUACAGUACGGACCAGCUCAAGUACUACACCAUGAUUCAUGUGCGAUCAACGAGAGGCAAAAACUCACAGGGACGAAAAGUGACGGGAAUCGAACCAAUGCCCGGGGAGGAUAAGAUUCUGGUGACGUCGAACGACAGCCGCAUUCGCAUCUAUGACUUGAGAGAUUUGAGCUUGACUUGCAAGUUUAAAGGCUACACCAACAAUAGCAGUCAGAUCCGAGCCACAUUCAGUCAUGAUGGGAAAUAUGUCACCAGUGGAUCUGAGAACCAAUGUGUGUUCCUUUGGCGAACUCAACACGAGUCGACCAAUCUCACCUCGAGGAAGGAUCGAAAUAGUUUCUAUGAAGCCAUAAAAGCUCAUAACGCAGUGGUCACCUGUUCCGUGUUUGCUCCAAACCCGCCCAGGAUAUUGGAUCAAAUCCAGCGAAACACGGACGAAGAAUCCCCAGAACCGACGUCGGAGAAUUCCGGGACCUCGGGUGGAACCCUGAAGGCCUCCAAAGAAAUGUCUGCAUCGCGCGACCCUCCACAGGGUUAUGUCCUGGUAUCGGCCGAUUACGAUGGCGAUGUGAAUGUGUUCUACAUCUUCUCCAAGCCCAAACACAGCUCGUUGCCCUCUUCAGCCAUUUUAGGGGCGAAGAGUUCGAAUUGAGUUGAAAAAUUCCUUCAGAAAGAUAGUCAUCUUGGGUCAGUCAUGCGAGGAGAUUGGAUUAGAUGUUUGUUUAUUAUAACUGCAUGAUUUAUAUCCCGCUUUGUAACGAGAAGCAAUCAUCGUCGCUGCACUGUUAUGGAUGUGUACAGAUUGUCAACCGGAUGAAAAGACAAUUGCAAUAUUAGAAGCAUAUGAUUAAUGAUCACAAGUCCUACGAUGAAGUUGAGAAAACGACGCUGCUUUGCCGCUUCUAGCUCCGAGCAUUGGAUAGUGAUUUUGACUGUGAUCGCGAUGAACCAGAAGAGGAUGAAUAGAGGCAACACUACCUUAAAAACCUAUUGGAAAUGCAAUAAUUCCCGUUCGAAGACAUGCGAAUUAAAUAUAAAAACGCCUUAA